AUGGUCUUUCCAGGCACAUUGAGUCGCGGCUGUACCCGCUGCAGAAAGAGAAGAGUCAAGUGUGAUGGAAGACGCCCGGGAUGUGAACGAUGCGAGAAAUACAAGGCUCCUUGUCCUGGUUAUGACCGCCCAUUGGCCGUGCGGUACUACGGGAAACCUGGUGAGACACUGGAGCGCGAGAAGCCCAAGGACUCAAGUACAUCGAGUGGCGCAGAGUACAAGGAAGGCGGCCCUGUUGGGGGGAUGGUUGUUCGGUUUCAGACUCCAGAGUUGAUUGCGCCCGUGCUUCGCCAACCGCAGCCGUCCCUCGAAGAGGAAUCUCUGACCUUCUUUCUCCAUGAAUACUGUGUGUACCCUUCCCCAGGGGUCUUGCGAGGUCAUUUCGACUUCCUGGAGGGAAUGUACAGGAAUUCCGACCCCAAGAAGUACUAUGGAGCAGCGUUGCAUUCAGUCAAUAGAGACCUCAGUGUCUCCAACAGAGCAAGUCUCAAGGAAGAGACACUGACAUCUCUCAUGCUGUUGGGAAUUAUUGAGGACCUUGAGUGCCAAGGCCAGGAUAUCAAGACCGUGCAUAUGCACGGCAUAGCUAUGCUAUUCGAACGGGUCGGGCAGAAAGUCCUAGCCGACGUUUCGUCCUCGUUGUAUGCUCUGAUCUUUGUCCACUUGCAAGUCCCAUCGCUUAUGUCCAAGAAGCCUAUGAAAUGUCUGGACAUUCCCGAAGCCAAGAGGGAUACGUCAAACCCUGUACUGCACCUAGCUAUGGUCGUUGCCCACUGUGCCGACUUUUACAGGGCAGCCCGGCAAAUCACGACUUCAAACGCGCCACCAGCCGCGCAGAAAGUUAUGCUUGUAAAAGUCCUCCAGCAAGCCUUGAAAAUUGCGCAGGGACUCGCUGCAGCCGAGGCGGAGACCAUGCCUCCACAGCAAACCACUGAAAAACGCCCAGAAGGUCAAACUAUCGCUGCGUUCGAUUCGCAGUGGACAGCUGCCACGUGGUCUUUCUUUUCCUCGUGCAUGAUUGUCUUUUUUACAAUGGUUCAUAAAUGCUCCGUUUUAUUACUUGGACUCGGCCCGCUGGAACCUCAGGAAAAACAACUGGCUGAGACUACGGCUGGCAUUUCCGAUAUGGCGCUCAAGAAGACAAUUCUCGUGUUCUGUAAGGCGUUGCCCUAUGUUUUUGGCGAAGUUGAUGCGAAAGGACAACCUCGUAAGGUACCGCGACGACAGACUGCUGUUAUGUAUCAUAUGGUCUGGCCACUAUCGGUUGCUAUUGCAAGCACGCAUAGCACCCCUCAGCAAGUGGCGGUUUGUCAAACGAGGCUUGAUAUGAUUCGAGAUAUAUACGGUGUGAAGCUUGCAUGGUAUUCCGUCGGCCUGGCACGAGAUGUAUUGGGAUUUAAUGACGUGGACGUAUAG